UACGUGCAAACAAGUUACCCCAGAAGCUGUUAUUCAGAAAUGUGAACAAAGGGGACCAAAUUACAUUGCCAUUGUGAAACGUUUCACUGAGCUUUAGGCAAAUACAAGCAUACAUGUAGAAUUUCACUCAACAGCCUUUGACUGCAUCUGAAAAAGCAAUAGGUGGUCCACAAAAUCUGGCAAGAAUUCUGCCCACACAGGUCAUCUGAAUGCCACAUAUUUGCACUUGCAUAAGAUGUAGAAGGUGGGUGCUGAUAUAGGCAAAUGGAUUACACAUAUUUUUUCAUACCAACAGAUGCAUAACUCUAUCUGCAUGCAUAUGGCUAUAAGCAGCAACAGUGAGUGUACAAGUAGGUAAUAUAUUAAAGUCAAAGCCUUUGUAAGGAAGACUGCUGGCAAUAUAGGGUAUGAAGGCACAAUGAGUGGGGACCAAGAGACUGGAAUGACCCUUCACAAUUAUGGUAAUUACCUUCCUUUUGUUUUCAUUCUUUACUUCUUUAUUCAUUUGCUCAUUCAUUUUGUAACAUACAAAUAGAAACUGUAAUACAACAACUUUACUGAAGGAGGAGAUAAGCCAAAUAGAUAGUAUCAGUAACAUACCUCAUCACACUGUUUGAUUAUCUUUAACUGGGAAGGGAGGAGCACUUUGUGUGUUGCAGCUGGUAAAGUACAACUGAGAGGAGCAAGGGGAAUUAAAAGGUGAAGUCUUUUGGACAGAGAAUUAGCUUAAGGGCUUUAGCAGCUGUUGACCCCAGAGCUUUUGAGGUCACAGACUUGCCCUCAAGUUGGUAGGUCAGCAUCAGCAGUGACUUUUCAAUAAGUUUGGAGACAACUGUCCAACUAUGGAGGAAUCCGCAACCCCUGCCUGAUCCCCUCCUCCACCACUUUUGUUGUUUCCCCACUCUCCCUCUGCCGCUUACCUUUCCUCCUGCCUCUGUUGGCUGCUGCCUUAGGCUGAUUCUGCUUGUGGCUUUUUCUACCAAUGUCAUGGCAAGACCUCAUUUACAGCAAGCAUAACAAUCAAUUUGGACACUUUAGUCAAUCUGUCCUAUGGUAUACCCUCAGUUCAUUCCAAGAAUCUAAAUUUUUACUUCAGAGUGCCAAUGGCUUGCUCUAUCAAGAUUCUGGUAUCAGCUUGCCCCAUUAAUUAAGUUCAUACCACACAACACCAGAAGGAGCCUAUUCAGUCCAUUGAAUUCAUGCCAGGUCUCUGUAGAGCAUCUAAUCAGGCAUAUCGCCUCACUGUGUUCAUGUAGGCCUGCAAAUUCCUUAAUUGGAUGAAGAUUUUCCUACUAUAUAGUAAGAACACAGCUGUGAGUCUAUGCAUGUAGUGUUAUAUUUUUGAGAUUGAUUGGCCCCUAUACACUACUUGCCAGUGCUCUCAUCUUGUCUUCAGUGUCUUGGGAAGCCUUCAAAACUUGAGGAUAUUUUGUUAAAACAAAAUUGAAAUAUUAUUCUAAUCAAGCAGUUACCAUAUGUUAAUAGGUAACUUUUCUCUCUCAAGGAGAUCACAUGCAAACAACCUGCCAGCCCAGUUUGAAUUGCUGAAUUGAAACUACCUUCUCAGCAUAUUCACAUUUUCACCAAAUGUAACUAUCCACUAAGGUAUUUGUACCUGAAUGACUCAACUGUGCACUGCAACCCUGAAGAUCUUGCAGAGAUUUUGCGAUACUGCCUUAGAGUGGCAUGAACGUUCAGUCCACUUUUAUUUUCUGAACUAGAUAGUAAUCUUUGUCCACGAGUGAUUUACAGAAUGAACAAGGGCUAUGUAAAGUUCAGCGGCAGUUUCGAUAAGUAAUCAUUGCCAUUACAAAUGUGUUUGAACAUAAAUAGGGACAAUUCUUUGCCUCAGUACACAUCCACUGAUACACAUCCCCUAUUUAUUCCAGGAUGUCAAAACUCUGGAGGUAUAAAGGUGAGUCUUAAGCGAAUAUCUAAAUUGAAAACACAUUUGCCUGGCAUGUUAUAUGUGCAUACCUUUCCCUCCAACUUGUCCAAAAAUGGGCAAAUACAUCUUCAAAUUGGAAGGAAAAUUUGCAAUGCCAGCCAAUGGUGCUUAACUAUAGGAAAUUGUGCGUUUAAUAAUGUGGUGGAAAUAACUAAACAGCAAAGAGCACAAAAUGAAUGAGAAAUAUAAAUAUGAAGUACAAAACAAAUCCACUCAUAGAAUAAAGAUCCAACAUAAUGGAAUGGAACUUUCACGCUGUGUCAAUUUUUAUACUUGCUGAGCAUUUGAAGUGCUUUCCGGUGAGCAGGAUAAACAUAUUCCUGUGGCAUAAAUAAGGUGGGUUUCUCAUAAAGUAUAUAGGUACUUUGUGCGGGAAACAUUUCCAGAGUGCAUUUUGCCAUAUUCUGCACAAAGAACACAUGGCAUUAGUAAGUACUUUGUAAACUCUUAAUUUGUAUCAGGUUAAAUAUUUCGAUUUUUAUGUUAGCAUCAAGGAUUAAACGAAUAUAUUUUGUUAACCAGUGCUCCUACAUAUCCCUCAGAUUCUCUGAGAUUAGAAAAUAACUAUCCAACGCCCUAACCCCACUAAGUAUUCAUUUGCCCAAAUGAUUGCAAAGGGAAAACAAAGCACUAUCAUAAAUUUUCUUUUGAACUGAAAAUUAUGGAAGAGAAUUCCAUUGGUAUGGAAAAUUGUAAUAUCUUAAUUGAGUGACAAAAAGCCCUUCAGCAGGUCAAAUCACCCAACAGCAAUAUUCAAGAAGCCUCAUUCAGCCUGGUUAUAUAUUACAUUUGCUGACACCUUGAAGCAAUGAUUAUCCAGAACACAGAGCGGUUAUCCAGAAUGUCAUGGGAAAAUCAAUGGACCAUGGUGACCUUACCAAACACCUCAACAAAAUAUGAGAAUCAUUUUUUAAAAAAUGUUAACGAAUUAUUUUCUUCAAGUAAAAUGAAGUGGGUAAAACUUUAGCCCAUGGUUUCCUGCCAUUAGUUGUAAUAUUAACAAUACUGUUCAAGCUUUGUUGAAUCAAUGUGCCCACAUUAGCAGGAUGACCGUGCCUAAUUCUCCUCUAUGCACGUGAUUGUAAAUUCCGAAUCGACUGUUCAUUCAGAUAUUGUCACUAACAACAAAGCCCCCUGUAAUAACGGGGCAUGAGGGGAUAUCUUAAAAUAAACUGUGUGCAACUGGACUUCAUCACGGAAAAUAUGGAGACUGCCUGAAGUGAGAAUGCAGAGCGCGUCUGUGUGAGGGAGAAAAAAAGGCUUCGACAGUCCGACUGUGAAACGAAAGAUGAAGGCAGUCAGUGUGUGGUGGCUGUGUGUUGAUGUGUUGUUUGCUCAUUGCAGAGGCUCAGCCCGAUCGAUGCUCAUUGAUUGUCCCUGACGAGCUGCUCCAGUUUCCAACCAAUGUCAGCGUGUCUCCGGCUCGCCAGGAUGGGGAGAAAUGAAAUUAAAGAAAAUCUCUGCCGCUCUGGCAGCGUCGUUUCCACACACUUCACUUGGCAGUGUGCCAAAUGCGAGGAGAAGCACAUCGAAAAGGUGGACUGGUAAUCUGCAUUAAGGAUCAGAAACGCUUCAACUGUUCUCCUGAACUCCGAGCCACGCUUUCCACACACUGGGAAUGCUUCACUGGCCUUCCUGCUAAACAGAUUGAUGGAAUGAAAUGUUCCCAAAGAUGGUGUUUCUUAAAAUCAGGGAAAAAAAAACUCAUUUCUGGACAAACUUCUCCCGCUAGUUUUUUUUUUGUUUAAACAUUUGAGCGAUUCUGCAAAACUGAAUUACAUGUUUGGAGGCGCGGUUCGAACCGAGUAAAAUUGUUUCCACUGGCUGCGUCGGAUUACGUGUCAGUUCAAAAGGAGAAAAUUGGCACAUAAUAUCCAUGAGUGGGCCCAGGUGGGCAGAAAUAUUCCCUGGCUGUCAACUGGAAAAGGGAACAAUGGAGAUGCUAGGGCUGCUGGCGAAGAACAAGUUGGGGAAGGUUCUGACCUGAGGUGCCACAGCAGACUCCUUCACCAAGUCUGGGACAGCCAAUGCCAGAGUAGAGCUCAGUCUAAGCACUAACUCAUCUCAAAAGUGCACCCUCCACCUGUGCAGGUUCUGGCUCUUUGGAGGUCCUUAUAUGUGAUUACAUAACAUGGCGCUGGGUGAUGAGUGAGCACUUCAUGGAUGAGCAGGAAAAGAGCCUCGUCGUCCUUUGGGUAACUGCAGAAGGUUCACAGAGGUUCUCGAAUCAGCUGUUCAGUUAGUGAAGAUUUGCAACAUUUUUCCAGGUGAAUUUGGUAACCGAGAGCUGCUUCACAUAGAUACUUCAUAAUUUUGGUUUUCAAAAUACUUCCGAAUCUUUAAUGAUGUCUAAUGCCGGCAAACUUACUGAGCAACAGAUCUCUCAGACCAUAGAUCCUUUGGAAAAAGAUAACUCUAAGGAUGAUGAACUUACUGCUGAAUUCGAAAAAAGGAGCAGAAGUGGUAUAAUAAAUGAGCCAUUAAGCAAAGUUCUAAAGAAACCUCGUACAUCAACUCGCUUUUCUACAUUUGGCAGUACUAGCUCAAUGAUUGGGCAAUUGCAGAAUGGAAGUAUCUUAGUACAUGGAAAAGAAUCAACUGUUGUUCCAAACAGUACUACCUCAAAGCACAAAAGAGUCUCUCACUUGCUAGACAAAUCUGACAGGUCACUGGAAAGCUCAUCAGAAAUACAGAAUGAAGUGCACAUUGCUUCUUCAGACCUUCAAAAGCAGGUAGAACCUGAGCACAUUUUCCUCUCUAGUGAGCGAGAAGCUGGGAUUUCUGACAUGGAGGUGGUAUCAGCUGCCGAAGCAAUCAGCAGUCCUGUUGAUCUACCCUUCAUGGGUGGAAUUCCCUUGAAUCCUGGUGUUUUUAUUAUGACUCCUGCUGGGAUAUUCAUGGCAGAUAGUGCACUUCAAAUGGCCGGUCUGGUAGAAUAUCCAUUGCAGAAUGACCUUGCUUCAGCCAUUCAUUCUGGGAAAAAGAAGAGAAAGAGAUGUGGCAUGUGUGAGCCCUGCAGAAGAAGAUUAAAUUGUGAGGAAUGCAGUAGCUGUAGAAAUCGCAAAACCGGCCACCAAAUUUGCAAACUGCGAAAAUGUGAGGAACUUAAAAAAAAGCCAACAGCGGCGUUGGAGAAAGUGAUUCUUCCUUCAGGAGCAGCAUUUCGAUGGUUCCAGUAGAUGUGAGCACGCAAUUCCCAGAGUUGUGUCAUUAAGUGCAAUGUGUCUGCUUGCUUGUAUUGUCUCAGGCAAACAUUGUUGGCUGAAGUAAAUGGACGCACCCUGUGUUUUCUUAGAACCAAAACUCUCUUUCUGCAACUUUCAUUCCAAUUUUUAUGGAGGUGAAUUUUAUGUUGUAAGAAUGAAUAUCUUUAGUCAUUGUACAAUGUGUCAGUGCUAUUACAACAAAUCUGUAAAAUGCAGUACCAAGACAAAAUGGGCACAGUAUGGACAAUCAGAUUUUAUUUGUUUGAUGUUGAUGUCUGUUGCGUAUAUUGGAAAGUGCUAGGAGUGUUUAGAAAGUUAAUUUUACAGAUAUCUUUUAAGACUAGUUGACUGAACACACUGUUCUAGACAUAGCACAAUGGUUAAAUUACAUGCCUUUUCCAACCUACCUUUAUUCAAUAUUUUAAUGCAUAUUUCCCCAGCUGUCAUUGAGUUGAUUGUUGUAUCAUGGCACUCUUGACAUUGUAGUCUUGGACACUUAAGUAGGACAUUAGAAUAUAAUUUUCAUAAUUUUGUUUAUAAACAUUUUUGUAAAUUGCUGAAAUAACAUCACUUCUGCGGUGGCCAUUAAGCCACUGGUUUUCAUGUAAAAUCACCAGCUUCACACCUAUUGCAUGGUGCAUUUCGUAAUGAUUUGGCUGUUUUUGGCUGUUUUGUGUAGAAUAUUAGUGUUGUUUCUUUUGUGUGUGUCAAAUUUCAAUUUGCAGCUCAUAAUCUUGCAUGUGGCACUUGGCAUCCUUUAAUGAUGAGCAGACUGAUUUCUGGAAAUGCUUUUUAGGGAGGUUAGCUUUUUAUAAGCUAGCAAACUUUAUGUUGCUUCUAAUACAAUGAUACACGUAAGACCCUUGUUUUAAUUGCCUGCCAAAGAAAAUCAGUGCCCCAGUAAUAUCUAGGCAUGGAGAAUCAUUGGACCCCCUUGUUUGUGAAAUCUUCCAAACGUAAUUGCUGUUGAAUCACAAAAUAUGUCAUUUUAAUUACACAGUAUAUUACAGAAACCUUUUAAAGAUGAAUAAGGAAUCAAGGAGCUAUACUUGAGAGGAAUAGUCAAAAUGUUUGUCAGCAAGCAAAUACCUUUCCUUUCAGAUAAAUUUUAUUUUGUUCAUUAAUUUGUAUUUUGUUGAAAGAUAAACAGAGAGAAUUGUAUUUAUAUUUAUACAACUUACAUUGAAAGGGGAAAAAACUACAGUACUUUGAAACAAAUUAUGCCCACCUUGGCUAUAAGAAUACUCACAACUUAAUUACACCCCAUCAAAUUGAGCACUGAAUCUUUACUGUACUGCUAGUCCUCUCCACAUAAAUGUAUGUAAUAAAACACAGAUGCGAAACAUAAUUUUAAGUAAAAUAGCUGAUUUAGGGUGUGUUCACACACCUAGUGUAAGAUCCAAGUGAUCUGUUUUAAGCUUCAAGCAGCUGUCUAAUUUUAAGUGUAAAUCCAGAGUCGGGGUCCAAUCUGACUCAUCAACAAUGUGGAUUUAACAAGUAGUCUCACAGUUGAUACCUGUGGAGUGUAGAUUCAGUGCAAUAAAUCCCGAGGACUUUGUAAAUCAAUUUACCUCAGUUGCAAAGUUUAGAGAGAGAUUCCCCUCCUUACUUCCUUGACAUUGGAAUGACUAAUUCUUGUGGGAGAACUCUGGACAUGUGACUAUUCAGACAUGCACUGUUCUCUCUCUUAUACAGGACAGUUGAUAUUUCAGUCAGGUGGAAGCCAAGCAAUGUAAGCCAGAAGUGUGAACAAGUGUGCAUGCUGUAAACACACCCAUUAAUGCACGCAAUUGUACUGUUUAAGAACUGGAGCCAAAAAUUCCUUGAUUAAAAAGCACUGAUAUCAGUAAACAUCGCCUUUUUGAAACACUGGUGAGGUUGGUGGAUUAAGAGAAUCCCUUUGGAAGAUAGCACAAAAUAGCCAAUAACAGAGGGAUUACAAAAUUGGGCAGAAUGGAAAAUUGCCUGUUUGAUCCAUCUCCCAAGAAAAAUUGUACCCACAAGAAGUCUCAAUGGAUGACAUCAGUCAUCUUUAUUUGGUAUGUUUAAAAUAAAAACAGAUCUCUGUCUGACACCCAUUACAAAUGACUGCUAAGCUGAACUGGUAAAAUUAGUACUGAUAAGAGCCAGGGUCUAGAAACAACCUGUGAUGAUCCCAAUAUGAUUACUGUGCCAUGUCUAAAAUGUAUACUUUGUUUUUUUUUAGUUAUACUUAUUGAAUAAUAUAUUGGAUACCAAAAUAUGGUGAAAUGUGUUUGUUUCCCAGGAAUCACAAUGAAGUUUUUAAAGUCCUCAAAAGACUAUGAAGAGAGAAAUAAAAUGAUUGUUGUAAAGUCACAAUUCUAAGUAUGUACAUAUUUGUCAAUGAAUCAAUAUUGGUUCAGGGUGAAUCAUGAUAAUGUGCAAGAAUAUAUAGCUUUAUGGAAAGGAUUCAAACUACUUCAAAAUAAUCACUGUUUAAGGGCCCUUGGCUGUUUUGUUUCAUCUUGAGCACUGAUUUUUUUUAAUGUUAAUUCAGAAAAAUGCCUUCCAGAUAUUGAGAGAGAUAGCAAUGCAAAUGAUUUGCAAAGAAACACACAAAAUAUAUGGAUAUAGUUUUUUUUCCUAGUUAUGUAAUUAAUUUCAGUGUUGUAAACUGGUCUUAAGAUUUGUUUGGUAUGUUUAAAGCAAAAACAGCAAAAGGAAAUGGAACAAAUUAUAUGCAUCAGCAAUAUGGUGUCUCGUCUGUAGCAAUUCUGUAUACAAAUAAACUAAGUACUGUAAAA